CAUACCUGGAGCGUGGUUCACACGUCUUCUAGCAGUGCCUUGCUACACAUAGCUCGACUGGCACGCCCACAGAGAUUUCACUAAAGUGGUGGCUACAGAUAGAGAGCACUGCUCCUCCGUAUUAUGUUUAGACUUGAGUGUGCACUUACCAUUGCCACGGUGCAUAUGUAAUGCUGAAGGUUCAUCAACAUUUAAGUAACGUUGAACCCGCUCUACCCAACAGCCAGUGUCCACCUCCCCCGUAUUGGGCACUCCACCCCUCACUUCAACUGGUAUGGCACAGAGAGACUGGUCAGGAAAUAUCUCACUUCAGCUGCAAUCCUCACCUACAUAUACUACUUUCCACGCAGUCAUGCUAGCUCUUCGUCUUCAUCUCUCCCCACCACUGCCUCACAUAUCCCACCUCCACACCUCCCCUCACCUCCCCACCCUCCCUCUUCCCUCCUACCUUCUGGAUGUAAGCCACUCCCUGAUGUGUUCUCAGGGGUGGUGGCCUACCUCCAUGGCUAUGAGGGAGAUGAGGGGCUGAAGAGGGAGAGGGAGAGGUAUGUGGUGGCAUAUGACGGAGAUGUAACCAGUGACGUCGCCGAUCAGACCACACAUAUCAUUGUCAGGACUGGUGCUCAGAGUGAGCUGUAUUCAAAUGUAUUCGAUCAGAUUGCAAAGCUGAGGUUUACUCUUUCCCGUAGUGAGGUUUACUGCAGAAAAAUAGUAAUUGCAUGUAACUGUUAAUAUUACCUGAUGAAUGUAAAUGACAACUGAAAGUGGACAAUAACAGCUAAAUAAAGGAUUGGUAUCCUAAAAGAUGAUCUGGUUUGUUGCCAAUAUUGAAGUGAAUGGUGCAGUGGAAGAAGGUAGCCGAGGAUAGGUUGAAGCCAUGUGUGCGGAUACGUGCUUCUGCAUUAAUGUUCUGGGUUUGGACCGAUACAGGUGUUGCAGAGCAAGGGAUGGAUAUAGCGGAUGGUUUCCAUAACCAAUUACUAGGAAAAAGGAGUAGUUUGCUCAAUUCUUGCAGAAAUGCACUUUCUUAAUGAAUGCUAUUUUUAUCACCAAUCAACAUUUCCAAAUGCAAUAGAUGCUAAUCCUGCAGAACGUUUCAUUCAAAUAUCCAUUCUUAGCCACUCUGCUGAAACUUACUGGUCGUGGUUCUUCUUCGAGCUCUAUAUAUACGUACGUCAAUCCAAUGG